AUGUCUAACUGUGUCAGCAGUAAAGUUACCUCCACAAACACUCGUUCUGAAGAGCUGCUGUCCGCAAGGAAGGUGGCUGUCUUAAUUAUUGAAACACAGUGCAAAAAUGGUACUGAAGCUCUAAUACCCAUAGUGUACAAUAAAUUAAUUGGAAGAAGGACCCUUGCUAAGAGGGAAAUUAAGUGUAACCUGGAUGAAUACAAUUUAGGUGUUCAGUGUUGCAAGAAAUGUGAACGUGGUUUUGUUAAAAAUACCACCUGCCCCACAAAUAUUAAUGAAGACUGUGUUCCAUGUAAAAGUGGAAAGGAGUACAUAGAUCAUGCCAAUGAUUUGGAUGAGUGUUUGAGAUGCUCUUCAUGUGACAGCGUAUUCGGUUUGGAGGUUGCAAAGAACUGCACCCCAGUGCAGAACACGGAAUGCACCUGUGCAGAGAACCAUUUUUGCAAUUCUUCUGUGCCAUGUAGGCACUGCGAUCCUUGUACCAUAUGUGAAAGCGGCAUAAUUGAAAAACAGUGUACUUCAACUUCAGACACUGUGUGUGGAAUGAAAGAAACAGGAGUGCCAUCGUGGGCCAUUGCUUUGAUAAUUGUGUUAGUACUAUUAUCAACUGGAGCAAUACUGUGGUACACCAUAAGAAAUCAGAAGUGUCUUACUAGCAAGGAGAACCUAGGUGACGUAGUCCCCAAAACAGAGGCUUCUUAUGAGAAUGUACCUCUCAUACACACAGAUGUUGACCUGAGCAGCCAUGUUGCCGCUAUUGUGGAGGAGAUGACACUCCCAGAAGUCAGAACAUUUGUUCGUAAUCACAAAGUACCAGAACCUGUCAUAGAUCAAAUUGUUCGAGAUUAUUUUAGUGAUACAUCUGAACAGAAGAUUAAGCUGUUUCAAGUCUGGUAUCAAAGACAUGGGAUAAGAGGAGCCUAUGGAACCCUAAUAAGCAGCCUGAGAGAGUUUAAAAUGUGUGCUGCAGCUGAUAAAAUUGAGGAAAAACUGAAGGCAGCUGUUUCCAGCUGUCAGGAAGGGGGACAGCCUUAUAGUGAUGACACUGAGCAAAGCAAAACCUGCACUCAGGAAAGGAGAAACUCUUACAAUGAUAGCGCUGAGCUAAGUAAAACCUGUUCUGGUAGUUUGGAAGAGACAUAG